AAUAAACAAAUAUAUUUGACAAAAACAUCAAAGUCACACAUUCACAUCACCUGUUGUUAUUGCCAGAAUGUCCACACCACCGAAAAUCCCAAGAAAUGACUCAACUCGGUCCGUGUUGUUGGUCACACCGAACGAAAACGAAACUAGUUCAGAUGAAGAUAAGCCGAAACCCCAAGAAAAUGAGCCUGAGCAUGAGCGUGUAAGUGAGCGUGUGAUUAAAAACACCAUUUUAACAGAGUCCCACGCACUCGUGCAUAAACCCAGCGAAUACACAAAAAAAAUAAGUAUAAUGAUGAAUUCGGACGUUAAGUAUCGGCACAAAGGAGUGCAGGUGGUACCUUUGACCAAAGACGAAAGUGUGCAGUUGGACAGUGAAACCAGGUGUUGCCCAUGGUUGAACAACCUGUGCUGCGAAACCGUUGUGUCAGGAAUAUAAAAUUAACACCACGUUUGACAAUGUGCUUAUUUAUAUAUAUUUAAUCAAUAAAACAAUGCGAAUAUA